UUGAAUAACAUUGAAUAGAAUUAAAUACACACAUGAAAGUACCUACCAGACCCAUUUCCUACCCAUCUUCCUUUUAAAUAAUAACCCCCCUCUCUCUCUUCCCAUCACUAACUAACCUUCAAAAAGGAAAAACAAACAUUAUCAAUCCCAAACACCAUAUUUAUAAAGCUCCAACCACAAUCUCUCUUUCAAAAGAAAAAAACCUCCAUUCCAAUUCUCAGAUCCAUAGUCACUACUCCAAUGGCCAAGAAGAUCAAGAUGAAACUAGUACCUUCUCUCUUCAAGACCAACAAGGAGACUACUGCUGCUACUACUACUUCUGAUGCUUCUGAAGCUCAUCCAUGGCAGUUCUAUUUACCCUCGUGCAACCAUCCCAAGACACUUUCUUUCCGAGCACCAGGCCAUGGAGAUGACAUUUUCAAGACUGUCAACUCUGUUUUCUUCGAUCCUGUACUCGAACAGGGCGUCGAAACUCCAGAGUCAUGGUUCACAAACUCUUCAGAGUCUGCAAGUUUCUCCACUGAGUCAGAGGAGUUUGAUGGUGAGUCAUUGGAGAUGGUGGUUCGAGGUGCUCGGUCGGAGAGGCUGUUUUUCGAGCCCGGCGAUACGAGCUCCAUCCUGGACGAGAAGGCGAAAGAAGCCGGGGGUGAUGACAGAGGAGGAGGAGGCAGAGGAGGAGAGUUUGAUCCCUUCAAAGACAGUUUGGUGUUGGCAAUGGAUUCAGAGGAUCCUUAUGAGGAUUUCAGGAGAUCGAUGAAGGAGAUGGUGGAGUGUCAUGGUUUGAAAGAUUGGGAACGUUUGGAGGGGUUGUUGGGAUGGUAUUUGAAGGUUAAUGGGAAGGACAAUCACGGUUUCAUUGUUGGAGCUUUUGUGGAUCUGCUUGUUAGUCUUGCCGCUUCUAAUAAUAAUAAUAAUGGUUCUUCUUCUUCUGCUACUACUACUAUUAACGGUUCUACUUCUUUUUCUUCUGCAAUUUCUUCUUUCUGUUCCUCUUCUCAUUCUUCUCCUUUAAUAUGUUCAUCAAAUCUUGAUAAUCAAGGUCAGGUUGAGAUUGAUGAUCAUGAAGAAGAAGAUCAUUUAACUUCUUAGGUAGCAUUUUCAUUACUGUUAAUUGUAUCAAAUUUUUCUGUAUAUAUAUUAGGCGGAUGUAGAUGACUAUAUUAUAUAUGAGAAAUAUGAUAUUGAUCAAGAAUAUCAUAGAAUUUUCUUC